AUGGCGGAGAUGACUGCUGCUUUGCUGCUAGUCGGCAUUAACCUGAAAGAUCUUGGGAGUUGGGAUCGAUAUAAGAUUUUGAGGCGAUUGAACAAGCAGAAAAAGGACGAAUUCCUAAGAUCGGAACGGGUGUCGUCGCAGCUUGCUCUAUCACGGGCGUUUUAUGUCAUAUAUCUUAUUGGUAUUUUUUUGAGUACAUACGACCAUAGGGUGUGGAAAACAGGGCUUCCCGUCCGCUCAGCCGUACUUAAGCCACACGCCGGUGAGUUAGUAGUUGGGUGGGUGACCACCAGCGAAUCCUCACUGUUGACAAUUUACCUGCUUUAA